AUGAGGUUUCAGUUGUGGCCAAACUGUGGAGCAGGAAUGUUGGUGAAUGCCAAUUGGGUUUUGUCCGCUCUGUGGCUCUGCUGCAGGGGCUUCCCCCAGGUCGGGGCUCUUCCCUGCCGGACUCUGGCCUGGCGCAGCUUCGAGUGUCGUGAAUUAGCCAGUCUGCAGGAUCUGUCUGAUGUGGGGGCCGAAAACUGGCAUUCAUUGGCGGUGAGAAAUGAACGCACAGAACUGGCCCUAGACUCAGACACAAGCGUCGAGUAUUUGGCCAAUCUGGUCGAGUUGGAUCUAUCUGCAGUCCAACAACUGAAUCUACACACCCAGGGCUUCUCCCUUUUGCCCAAUCUGCGGCACUUAAACAUCAGCGGCAGCGGUCUGGGCGAGCUCCAUGGCAGCCACUUUGCGGUUGAGUCAGCGCUGCAGCACCUCGAUGCCAGCCACAACCGCCUGGAGCUGCUCACAAAGGACGUCCUCGGCAAUCUGCGCAAAUUGAUUUAUGCCAAUUUCUCACACAAUGCCCUCACCGGCUGCGAGCUGCCCCACUUACCGCUGCUCAAUCGUCUGGAUCUUAGCCACAAUCGACUGGUUAAUGUCAGCUUCGGUGUCUGCCCCCAACUGCAGCAGCUGUUGCUCCACGAAAAUCGCCUGGCACAGUUGGAUGUAAGUGCUUUUCGUGGUCUGCAUGGUCUGCUGGAGCUGCAGCUCAGUGGCAACCGAUUGACCUGUAUUGCCCAGGAAACGUUUCUGCCGCUCAACCAGCUGCGAGUGCUGAACCUUUCGCACAAUGCACUCGAUGCCCUGCGUCCCAGUGUCUUCGGAGCCGCCCAAAACUUUGUGCUGAAUCUGCAGCAGCUGGAUCUGGCUGGGAACCACAUACGACUGCUCUUUGACAACCAAUUCAGGGUGUUGCCUCGACUGCAGGCGUUGGAUUUGUCCAGGAAUAGCAUUGCCAGCCUGAGCAGCGGCCACUUUGUGGGUCUUGGAUCACUGCGCAAGCUGUAUCUGCAGUCCAACGAUAUACUGGAGAUCAAGCCAGGAGCAUUUGCGGCAUUGGCCAACCUGGACACUUUGGAUCUGUCGCGCAACAGCCUGGAGUACUUCGAGGAGCAGGCCUUUGGGGGCAACACAUUGACGCGAUUGCGCAAGCUCAACCUGAACGCCAAUCGUCUGAAGCGCCUGCAUCCGCUGGCCUUGUCCUCGCUACCCUUCCUGGAGUACCUGUCGCUGGGCCACAAUGAGCUGCGAUCCCUGGACGUGCGCAUGUUUGCACCCAUGCGGCAUCUGCAGAAACUCCAUCUGGGUCACAAUUUGCUGGAAGAGAUCGGCCCCGAUGUAAUGGACUGCCUGAGCAGCGUCAUGGAGCUACUUAUCGACAACAACAAACUCACUUUUCUGGUUGCUUUGAACGACACCUUUCCCAGUCUGAAUCGCAUUGCGAUCGAGGGGAAUCCCUGGCAGUGCACCUGCUUUGUGGAGCUCCAACAGUGGCUGACUUCCAAGAGGGUGACGUAUUUGCGGGAGAACACUGGCUACUACAAGGGAGAGCGUCCUCUCUGCGUCGUCACGGCGGUGGAUUACUGUAUCCAGAAUUUGCAGGCCGCACGCCGCCAGAAGAUUCACGCCGAUUUCGAGGUGGAGCAGGAGGACACAGAUGCCUUCGAUGAAGACGAUGCCAGUGCAGCAGUAGACUGAUACCAAACAUAAGCGCAACAUUGCGUACACAUGUGCUUACACAUGCUUACAUAUUCACAGAAAAAAAAGAUAUUAAUUUUAAA